AUUUUCACCACACACUGGGUUUAGGGUUUUAGCUUGCUCAUCCCCCGAGGUUUUCUGGACGUCAGAAUAUGAUUAUUCGCAGUCUUCUGCUCUCCAAGAAUCUGAAUCCCACAAGGUAUUUACUCAAAGGUUCUCAUUCCUUGACCAGAAUUUCUAGUGUUGGUUCAGAAUUUGUUCCAUUAGUUAAUUGCAAUAGCAUAGUAAAGUUCAGAUUUUUAUCCUACUUGUGUUCUUUAAAUUCAGUUCCCUCUGAAAAAUGUGGGUUCUCCAUUUCCAAGAACCCAAAUUUUAUAAGAAAUUAUUGCUCAGGAGGGGAUAAGAGUGGUGAGGAGUCAAAUGAGUGGACUGGAGAAAUAGAUUAUUUGGAUGAAUCAGGUGGUGUCAUUUACUCUGGAAAGGGUGUAAGAUCUGUUGAGCCGGGUAUAGAUGAUCAUGUGAUGGUGGGAGGGUUAAAGAAGCCUAUUUUGAAUGCUUCAGCUGUGGCUAAGAUUGUUGAGAUAGUGAAAAGAUGGAAAUGGGGUCCUGAUAUGGAGACCCAAUUGGAUAGGCUUCAGUUUUUGCCUAACAUGACUCACAUUAUUCAGUCAAUGAAGAUUAUUAGCGAUGGUGAGGCUUCGUUGAGCUUGUUUCGGUGGGCCAAGAGGCAAUCUUGGUAUUCUCCGACUGACGAGUGUUAUGCUGUGUUGUUUGAUAUGUUGAAUGAGAGUAGGGAUUAUGAUGGGAUUCAAUCAGUGUUUGAUGAUAUGGUUCGUGAUUCAGGUGAAAGUGGUAUGUCUUCAUUUAGUGCGUAUAAUCGGGUUAUUCAGUCAUUAGCAAAGGCUGAGAAAUUGGAGGUGACUUUCUGUUGUUUUAAGAAGAUGAAAGAAGUUGGUUGUAAAGUUGAUACGCAGACGUAUAAUUCAUUGAUAACAUUGUUUUUGGAUAAGGGUUUGCCGUUUAAAGCUUUUGAGAUAUAUGAGAAUAUGGAAGAAGUUGGGUGUUCCUUGGAUGCAUCAACUUACGAGUUGAUGAUUCCAAGUUUGGCAAAAUCAGGCCGUCUUGAUGCUGCUUUGAAGCUCUUCCAAGAGAUGAAAGAAAAGAACUUCCGACCAGGUUUUGGGGUUUUUGCUGCACUUGUUGAUUCAAUGGGUAAAGCUGGUAGGUUGGACACGUCCAUGAAAGUGUAUAUGGAAAUGCAAGGUUUUGGACUCAGGCCGUCUGCCACUACAUUUGUUUCUAUGAUCGAGUCAUUUGUUAAAGCUGGGAAGCUGGAGACUGCUCUCAAGCUAUGGGAUGAGAUGAAGAAAGCCAGGUUUAGACCUAAUUAUGGGCUCUAUACUAUGAUGGUUGAGUCCCAUGCAAAAUCUGGAAAGCUUGAGACUGCUAUGUCUCUCUUUUCAGAUAUGGAAAGGGCUGGAUUUUUUCCCACACCCUCUACCUAUUCUUCUCUUUUGGAGAUGCAUGCUGCUUCUGGUCAAGUUGAUGCUGCCAUGAAGCUCUAUAACUCUAUGACAAAUGCAGGUCUUAGACCAGGGCUCAGUACCUACACAGCCUUGCUGACUCUCCUGGCAAAAAAGAAGCUUGUUGAUGUAGCUGCAAAGGUUUUACUUGAAAUGAAGGCCAUGGGGUAUUCUGUUGAUGUGAAUGCUAGUGAUGUUCUUAUGGUGUAUAUCAAGGAUGGUUCUGUUGAUCUAGCUUUGAGGUGGCUACGGUUUAUGGGCUCAUCUGGGAUUCGCACAAACAAUUUCAUUAUUAGGCAGCUCUUUGAGUCGUGUAUGAAGAGUGGAUUAUAUGAGUCGGCCAAGCCCCUUCUUGAAACAUAUGUGAAUGCUGCUGCUAAGGUUGAUCUUGUACUUUACACAUCAAUUCUUGCCUAUCUUGUAAGAUGCCAGGAAGAGCAUAAUGAGAGGCAUUUGAUGGCCAUCUUGAGUGCUACGAAACAUAAAGCUCAUGCUUUCAUGUGCGGUCUCUUCACAGGGCCAGAGCAGAGGAAGCAACCAGUUUUAUCUUUUGUGAGGGAAUUCUUUCAGGGAAUCGAUUAUGAGUUAGAAGAAGGAGCUGCCAGGUACUUUGUCAAUGUUCUUCUUAACUACCUUGUUCUGAUGGGACAGAUAAAUCGUGCUCGUUGUGUAUGGAAAGUUGCAUAUGAAAACAAGCUUUUUCCCAAGGCAAUAGUGUUUGAUCAACACAUUGCCUGGUCCCUUGAUGUUAGAAACUUGUCAGUUGGGGCUGCUCUUAUAGCAGUGGUACACACCCUUCACAGGUUCAGGAAGAGGAUGUUAUACUAUGGGGUCGUCCCAAGGCGGAUCAAAUUAGUAACUGGGCCAACUUUGAAGAUUGUUAUAGCUCAAAUGUUAAGUUCUGUCGAGUCACCCUUUGAAGUUAGUAAAGUUGUUCUGAGAGCCCCAGGGGAUUCCGUCCUGGAGUGGUUCAAGAAACCGAUAGUUCAGCAAUUCCUUCUGAAUGAGAUUCCUUCAAGGGCUGAUAUUUUGAUGCAUAAACUGAACACACUUUUUCCUAGUUCUGCACCCGAAAUUAGAUCCCUAUCCCCUCCAAAGCCUCUUCUUGCAGGGAAGGCUCUAUAGUCAUGGAUAAGUUGUUAGCUUGGUCAGGCAUCAUUUGUUUGUAAUAUAGAAUUAUAAGUUACAUUUUUGUUUGUUUAAAAAAGCACUUGACAUCUACAUAGAAAAUCGCAUGUUAGUGUACAUGAGAAAAUACCUUUAGAAUUUCAACUUCAGCUUUUCAAAAAUAUCUUUGCAAUAGAGGCUUCCUGGUUUCA